AUGGCGCGGACAAAAAGUGACGCAUCGCCCGUCCGACAAGCGCAAGAACAACCAUCCACAAAGGCGUGCAGACAGCGAGCCCUCGGCGUCAUCGUCACUCUCGUCGCACGUAUCGGAGACGCCCGGUUCCAGCCACGCUCCCUUUCCAACGAGCUUAGCCGUAUCAAGCAAGGAAAUGCGUGCGGGAACAUGAGGGAGCGCAAGCGCAACAGGUCCCCCAGGAAGAGGCGCCACUUUCGCCCUGGCCAGCGUGCACUGCGGGAAAUUCGCGAGUACCAGCGCAGCACCGACCUCCUUCUCUUGAAGCGUCCGUUUCAGCGCCUGUGUCGUGAGAUUGCGCAGGACAUGAAAAGCGAUUGCCGGUUUCGCGUGGAUGCGCUGCUUGCUCUUCAGGAGGCAACAGAAUCGUACGUGGUCGGCCUCUUCCAGGACGCCAUGCUCGCCGCCGUGCAUGCAGGCAGGGUCACGCUGAUGCCAAAGGACAUCAAGCUUGCGCGCCACAUCCGUGGCGAGCUCAUCGGCGUGUUUGCCGACAUGUAA